AUGUGUUUGAUUGCUUUGUCUUCGCAGGACAUCAAUCUGAAAACUGCUAAAAGCAACCAAGUGAUGCAUUUCACAUUCAGGGAUGAUAAGCACUGGAAAUUACAACAGAUCCAGGAUGCUCGGAACCAUGUGAAUCAGGCUCUGCAGCUGCUGAGUGGUAGAGAUGAGAGCUACCACUUUAAGACUGGGGCUGAGGUCAACAAGCUGAUGGACGCGGUGAUGCUCCAGCUGACCAGGGCUCGUAACCGCCUCACCACUCCGGCAGCCAUGACCCUGCCGGAGCUGGCAACCAGCGGCCUCAUGAAAAUGUUCACUCCUCCAAUGCCAGGCGAUGUGAUGGUGAACUUCUAUAUCAACCUGAGUAAGCUGUGUCUGACUGUCUACCAGCUGCACGCAAUGCAGCCCAACACCACCAAGAACUUCAAGCCGUCUGGAAGCUCCGUGUUACACAACCCCGGAGCCAUGUUCGAGCUGAACAAUGCUAAGUUUGAGGUGAGCCAGGUUCACAAGGUGGAGUGUGUUGUCCCCUGGCUCAACAACACCCUGAUCUUCUUCACCAUCUCGCUGCAGCUCUGUCAGCAGCUCAAGGACAAGGUGGGUGACGUCUGUGGGCAGCAGGACACUUUUUUCCCCAACACUCCCAUUGGUCCACAGAAUAAACUGAAGUGA